GUCCUAUGCUGCCCUCCAGCUGCUGCUGCUGCUGCUGCUGCUGACACUCCUGGUGACCGUCUGCAGAGGGGGACACCAGCGGCGUCACCAUCCUCAGCCGGACUUCGCCACCAGACUCUCAGCCCUCUGCACGGCCCCCGCACUCUGCCCCCUCACUGAGCCCCGCUAUGUGGCCGCCUGCUCGCUGCCCGACGGCUCCCGUGGCGCCAUCUGCGCCCCUCAGUUCACCUCGGACCGACCUCAGCGCCCUCUGCGUGGCGGCCAGUCCCAGCUGACGGUGGAGAGGUCGGCGCUCGCAGCGCCCCCUGGAUCGUUCUCCGGCCCUGCCGCAGAGCGGCUGUCGGCACAGGCCUGGGCGGAGCUGCAGCGACUGGAGGAGGGGAUGAUGGCGGACCUGCACCGCGCCGGGCCGGCCCCCGCGGACCUGGCAGAGGAGAGAGGGUCGGAGGAGACAGAGGAGGAGAUCCAGGAGAUGGGCAGGAUCGGUCUGCAGAGAGUCGUCACCGUACAGGCGGUCGGCAGCCAGACACACUUGUAUCCUGUCGAACGCUGGAUAUCUCCGCAACAAAUUCCCGGAUGUACUCCAGCCAGGAGCGUCAAUUGUGACGUCACCUUCUUUAACCGGUCCCUCAGCGGGGAGUGCAACCACCCUCAGAGGCCGUUCCUGGGCCGAGCGCUGACUGGUCUGGGCCGGCUCAGCAGCGCCACCUACGAGGACCGUCUGUACACGCCUCGCUCGUCUGCCGGGGACGGUUCGGUGCUGCCCUCUGCAGACGCCGCCGGCUCCCUGGUCUUCCGACACCGUUCACAGCACCCUCUGACCAAAUGGGCCGCCCUUUGGACGGAGCUACUGCAGCGGGACCUGGCGCGCCUGAGCACCCUUCGUCUGCCCAGCGGCCGGAGACCCGACUGCUGCACGGAGCAGCACCCGGCCUGCCUGCCGCUGACCGUGGUCGGACGGUGCGUCAGCUUCGUGCGCGCGCUGCCGGCGCCCGAGCUGGACUGUGUGAUGCGGCCGGCGGCGCCGCUGUCUGCCGCCUCCUCCUACCUGGACCUGGAGACGUUGUACGGCAGCUCCGAGGAGGCCGGCAGGCAGCUGAGGGAGCUGAGUGGAGGGCGACUCAAAAUGAGCUUUGAGUCUGACUCAGACCUCGGUCUGUCUGAGACACUGCCGUCUGAUGCCGAUAAAUCCGCUGAAGACUCGUCUCGAGAACAGAGAGCCAUUGGACUGGGAUCACUCAAAACAGGCAACAGAGACCAUGCGACUGGUAGAAGUAUUUUACCACGAGACUCUGCCGCAAAGCCGCGGUGGAUACGAUUCGGAUCGAAAUCGGUGAAGGAAUUUAAAGAUAGCUCAGCUACACAGUCAGUUUCUAAGCCAACUGUUAUUUCCAUUUCAAGUCAGCAGUCUACUCAAAAUUCAAAUGAUGGCGCCAAGGCAGACCCCAGGUUUAUUGUAAGGGGAGAUGUUGUUCCAGAUCAUCUUAAAAAGGAGCAUGAUUUGUGGCUGCUCAAGGAUGCUGCUGGACUUCACGGAGAUUCGAAAUGGGAGGAGCCCAUUGUUAAAUUAUCAGAUGACAAUAUCGAACUACCCGAGUCUGCAGAUUCCCCUAUCGUAGAGCUAUUGGAGGACAAGUUGCCUGGUCCGGUCAAUCCAAUUUGGCCAGAGGGUGACCUAAGUUUGCCGGAAGAUGGAUUUGAUCUGUCAGAGGGCAAUUUAGGGCUGUUGGAAGAAGACUUUGGUUUGUUGGGUGGCAGCACAGCAAUUCUCGAAGAAGAAUUACAACUGUCUGACAGUUUAGGACUGGAGAACGAUGGCUUUGGUCUAGGUAAUGCUGACCUUUGGAUGGAAGACUGCUUAUGGGCAUGGAAGGAGAAUUAUUCAGGAUUUUUGAAAAGUGGCGCACGCUGGCUGAGAGAUGAUGUGAAAUGGAAAGAAAAACUUGGGUCUAAAAAGCACCCGAAUAUUGCAGAAAUCUUGAAACUGUUGCUACGGUGCAGAAUAAAAGGUGAGAAAGGCAUGAAGGGCAUGAAAGGACCACCCGGCGAGCGGGGGCCUAAGGGCUGGAGGGGAGCACCCGGGAAGCGUGGGCCUCCCGGACGGGACGGGAGGCCCGGUGUGCCGGGACAGAAGGGAGACCCGGGCAUGCCGGGCCCGCCUGGCGUUGGCAUUCCGGGCCCGCAGGGGCCUAUGGGACCGGCCGGACCCAAGGGAGAUCGCGGAGAGAAGGGUCACCCGGGACCCGUGGGACCCAAGGGGCCCAAAGGGAAGGACGGUAUAAACGGUGUGCCUGGCACCCCAGGGACUCCCGGGGAGCCGGGGCCCCGCGGAGACUCCGGCGAGCCGGGAGUGAUGGGCCCCCAGGGACCGGUCGGACCCAGUGGAACAGACGGUCAGACGGGGCCCAUCGGACCCGCGGGUCCCGCCGGACCGAGGGGCCUACAGGGACCCAUGGGUCCGCCCGGCGAGCGGGGUCUCAACGGACUACCGGGCAGACCCGGCGAAAAAGGCCACCAUGGUCUCAAGGGAGACGACGGGCCGCGGGGUCUGCCGGGUCCGGCGGGCGCUCCGGGUCGGGACGGGCCGGCCGGACCGCCCGGAGUGCCCGGUCUGCCCGGCCGACCCGGCCCCCCGGGCCCGCCGGGACCGCCGGGACCAGUCCAGUACAUCGUCCAGCGCAGUUCACCGGGACCCAGUCAGGUCCUCGUCCCCAGAGUUACACUUCACGACGUCAUGCGGAACUCAUUUAGCAGGCUGUUCAGCGGACGGAGUCUGGAUGCUCCUCUUGAGCUCGAUCUUAGCGCUCUCGCUGUCCACACCCCGGUGGAACCCAUGUCUGAUCCACUGCUGGAUCUACUGAGACACGAGCACAACAGGGUGGCAGAGAUCGUCCGCACCAAUCACCCCCUCUGGGAGGACGAGCUGGUGUUCCAGACGGCGCGCCGGGUGGUGAUCGCCCAGUGGCAGCACAUCACCUACAGAGAGUAUCUGCUGCACGUGCUGGGCACCUCUGCCGCCGCAGAGACGGGACUGGGAGGUCCGUUCGGGGACGUGGCCGACCCGACAGUCAGCGUCGAGUUUGCCGGGGCAGCGAUCCGAUUCUGGCAGAAAGUCCCCGAGGUGCCACAGCGUCGCUCAGUGGCAGACUGGAGUGACCUGGCGGAUGUCAUGGAUCCUCCAGAGCUGGAGCAGUUGCGGAGCACCUACUCCAGUCCCCAGGACAUCGAUCUGUGGGUGGGUGGCAUGCUGGAGAGUCGCGCGCCCUCGGCCAAGGUGGGCCCCACCUUCCAGUGCGUGAUCGCUGACCAGUUCCGGCGGCUGCGGGAUGGCGACCGGCUCUUCUACGAGCGCAGCCUGAGCGGAGAACAGCUGCGGGAGGUGCGCAAGGCCAGCCUGGCGCGCCUGCUCUGUGAUAAUCAGGAGGGUCACCGCUUGGCGGCGCCACUGUCGCUCGAACCGCUCGGAGGUCAGAAUCACAUGGCGCUGUGCUCGUCAGAGGCGAUUCCAAGACCCGACCUGAGUGUCUUUUGA